CCAGCGGGUUCCAGUUUACCUUUGAUGAAAGUGAAAGUAGAUGGGAAAAUGAAAGUAUCAAGUAUCUUACUCACGCGUCUUUAUGUUGGACGUUGCAGUUGGAUACUGUAAUAAGAACACACCAUGUUACCAGUAUGAUAGUCAUAUUGUUUUACUUAUAUUCAAUUUUCACGAAAAGAUUCGAAAAAUCAUCCGACGAAAGAUCAAGUAAAUAUAAACUAAAACUUCCCAAAAUACCUCACCUGAUUUUGUAUGAAAAGGACAUCAAAAACCGCCAAAUAUUUAUUAUUGGGGAUGUCCAUGGAUGUUUACAGGAACUCGAAGAUCUUUUAGUCCUUGCAAACUAUGAGUCAGACAAAAUUCUUCUAAUAUUCGUUGGUGAUCUUGUUAACAAAGGACCACAUAGUGUGGAAACAAUAAGAAAAGUUCGCGAAAUGAAUGCGUAUGCCGUAAGGGGCAAUCAUGAAGAAAUUGCUCUCGUGCAAUAUAUGACCUGGCGGAAUGGGGAGGUUGUUACACCUAGGAAGUGUAGUUGGACAACAGAACUAAAUGAAGACGAAGUAGAUUUUUUACAAGAGUUACCGUACACUAUAGAGAUCCCUUCUAAAAAUGCAUUGAUUGUACACGGAGGAAUAGUUCCAGGAACGUCUUUAGAAAACCAGAAUUUAACUCAUUUUAUUUCAAUGAGGAGUUUACAAACAAUUGGUGAAAAACUAAUCGCUUCACCUAGAACAUUUUUAGGCAAACCGUGGGCCUCUUUUUGGUUCGGACCACGACACGUGUAUUUUGGGCAUGACGCAGAACGUAGCCUGCAACAAUAUCCGUAUGCUACUGGACUAGAUACACGCUGUUUAUACGGAGGUUUUAUUUCUGGCAUAUUUUUAGACAGUAAUAAGAUCCUACAAAUUAGAGCUAAACUAGUUCAUCAAAAACCUAAAAUAAAGACAGAGUAGUCAUUGUAAA